GACCAUUUCGACGAAUGAAGGGGACACUACACUGCAGAGACUUCACAGUAGCUUCAAUUUUAGGAAUCGAACUCCUUAAGCGUGUUUGUAAAUAAUCAUUUUAUAAAAAGCCGUUAUUAAGAUAUGGCGUACAACUAUGUUGUGACAGCUCAUAAACCGACGUCUGUAACAAAUGGAGUAACAGGUAACGAUUAGAGUAUGCCAUUCAUUGUACUGUGACGAGUGUGCAAAGCACGGGUAUUUUCUUCUUCACUGAUACUGAUAUUUUGAUAAUCACUGUCUGCUGUGUGAGUGUGAGUGAAUGUUGGAUUUUGGCUCUUGAAACUUAAAAAUGCCAAAUUAUGUAACCUACCACUUAUCAGUGUUAGCUUCACUGUGUGCUCUUAUAAUAACUUAUGUAUAUAUAUAUAUAUAUAUAUUGCCUCAUUGAGUAUAGACUAAAAUUAUAGAGUGAGCCAAGGCCAAGUUAAGUUCUGAAUUUUAAGUAAGUCUAUUCUAUAAUAUUAUAUUAUAGUUAUAGAAUAGACUUACUUAGGCUAGUCUAUAUAUUUUAACCCUCUGGAGACGGAGCCUUUUCGGGGUGUAUGUGCCAAAAAGAUGGAGCAAUUUUUACGAGCUCAAGACUCGCAUUGCAAAAAAAUUUAUAAAAAAUAAACUAUUCCCUUAAUAUAUGUAAAACUAUAUAUAUUCUUGUAGGAAAUUGAAUGAACUAAUACAAUAUUUAUGAAUCAAACUGACAUAUCAAAAUUUAUGCAAAUGAGCUACCCUUAUUUGCAUAAUUUAUGCGUGUAAUUUUUUGUUACACCUAGAAUAAACAUGACUUACUUGUAUCAAUUGUGUGAAUUUUUUGAUGGAUGAAGCCUGAAUAAGUCCUAAUACACUUAUUUUUUGGGGGGAAAAGGCCCAUGAAGGCCCUUCAGACACCUCUGGCACAUGGUUCUACUCCUUUCCCACCCCACCCCCUAUUUUUCAGUUGUUACAGACACACUGUAACAGGCCCCCAUUAAUGACCUAGGGACCUUCUCUUAAGCUGGAUGUUACUUAGAAAUGUGUCUGCAUAUCAAUUGGUCUCUCUCAUUAAUACUUGAGUGAUAUUUAGUGUAAAAAAUAGUAUAAAAUACUCAAAUGGGGUGCUUAUGACUUAUUUAUAGGACCUAUGUUGUCUAAAAAUUCAGAGGGGUCAUCUCUGUCCAUUUGAGGACCCCUAAUACUAGUAAUACUAAACCAAGAGUUCACAACAUUAGCAUUACCCUCAAUUUGAAAGUCUUCAUUAAUUUCCUGGUUGUUUUCAUCAGUUUCAGUGUCAGAUUCACUGCUGGAAUAUCAAAAUUACUAAGCACAGUUUGAUAUUCACGAUGUAACUACACACACACACAAAAAUUCCUGCAAACAAAUAAAUUGAGUUCACCUUCAACGAACGCCGCCAUUACAAUGCCGGGAUGUGCAGGAAUACGUAUGAACAAUUUUGAUUCGCUGGUACAACGCCAAGCCAGCCAAUCGCGAGGCUCGAUCUAUCAGGCCGACGGUUCGGACUUGACGUCUUUCUCGCUAGUGUACCUCGGGCCGAUAGAUCGGCCCUUACGUCUCCAGAGGGUUAAUAAAAAUUAUCUCCAACGCACCGCUUUGCAGCCCGAUUCUCAAGAGGGGUUGAGGAGGGCAUAAUGAGCUUGGUAAUACUACUUAAUAAUUCUAAUACUAGCUUGAUGGCUCGCUGACACCAUUUCCUAAUGUACAUUUUCAUAAAUGUAUUAAUUUUAAUGAUAUUAUGAAUUAUGAUAAUAUUAUUAGAUAUAAUUGCCUUUUCACUCAUGAGGCCUUAUAACUUAUAGCUAUGGCACUUUUUACACUAUCAACUUAGACUUAGAUAUUAAAUUUUUAAAACUGAUUUAGUUAUUUAAAGAAGCUAAUAUUUUACCCUUUUUCAAACUAUUGAAGCCUAUUUUACUAUUUGUUUUUAACUUUUAUCCCUUAGGCCUAAGGCCUUAAAGUUAAAGAACAGCACCCACAUUUUGAUUACACACAAUUAAAGCACAUUCAUUGAAAAUUCAUUAUUUUAAAAAUAACAUAGGUCUACCUUAUUAAUAUUUUAUUAAUAUGGAGACAGUAAGAAAGCUUUGAAAAUCGAUUACUUUUUUUUUUAUUGACGUGACCUAACUUUUAGGUCUGGCGGGGUUGCAAUAAAAUUUUCAACAGAAACAGAGUGUCCUCAUCAAAGACAAAAAGGGCAGCAUUAAAAUAUAUUUAACUUCAGCAUCAACAUAGCUGUUUAACCUCCAAUUUAUAAUUAUUAUGUAAUCAUGCAUGCCAACUUCUUGGGAUCAAAAUAAAAAAAAAAUAAACAGCAGCAUAAAAAACCAUACAGAACAAAUGAAAAUUUUUUUUAAAAAGUAUUAUUUAUAACUUUUUCAUCAUUUAAUUAUAAUUUUUCGAAUGCAUGCAAAGUUUGCCUUCUUGGUGAGCCUAAAUUUCAUGAAUACUCUCAACUUCACUGCAUGCAAAUUUUAGCAUGUUUACAUCUGGAUAGAUUGCUUCAUUUAAAUAAAACUAGCUUGUUUUAAGUCAGAUUUUGUACUUUUUACAAAUGUCAAUAGCAAUUUUGUUUUAAAUUGACAUAGAUCAUGAAUUUGAUAGCAAUUAAGUUUAAGAUGUAAUUAGGCAGAUUCUUUGGUUAAUUUUGCAGUGUGUAGGAAUAGGGGUUACUGUGUUAAAAUUAAUUAAGGGAAAUAAAUUGCAUCCAUAUUGUCAAAGUUAUUAACUUUACCUUUAAUUUAUAGCCUUAUUUUUCACGGUCAAUGGUCUUAUGUUUUUUUUUUUAUGUUUAUAUUUCCUUAGGCGCUAUGUGGAUAUAAAUUGUUAAUUUGAAUGUAUAAUAAGAACUGCACAAACUGAUUUGUAAUCAUGGCUUACUGCUCAAGUAGCUACUACCAACACCGCUAUAGUAUUAACAAAUGGUCUCAAUGAAACUGUGCUCAGUUUCUAAAUUUAGAUAGCCUACUAAUUCGAGAACAUUUCUUUUCCAAAUUGAGUAAAAAACCAUACAAAAUCAUGUUCAGAAUUACAACCUGAACAUUUAAAACCUGCACAAAUUAUGCGUAAACCGUACAGGUUGGCAUAUAUUUGGUAAUGAAAAGCAUUGAUUAUCAGUCACAGUCUACACAGUUUUACAUUUAAUUUAAAUAUUUAAACUGUCUUUACACUAAUCCAAAGAUUAUCUGAUUACAAUGAAACAGAAACAGAUAGUGUCCAUCUGAAAAAAAAUAUUUAAAAAUGGAUUCAAAAAUGUUUUAUCAUUUGUUAAACAAUGCAAUAUUUAAGAUAUAACUUUUUAGGCAAAUCUGUUAACAUUUCCAUAAGAUGUUAAAUUUAUAUAAUAUGAAAAUAACCCUUUAUAGUAAUAUAUGUAAUUUACUGCAUUAUUUUAAUUCAAAUUGUUUAAAAAGAAAAUCUUCUCCUUAUUGCUUUUCAGGAAACUUAACUUCUCCAACUGAUCUUAAUUUGAUUAUUGCCAAGAAUUCUCGUGUAGAAAUAUAUGUGGUCACACCUGAAGGGCUGCGGCCCAUUAAGGAAAUCAUGAUCUAUGGAAGAAUUGCAGUGCUUGAGCUCUUCAGACCACCAGUUCAGUAUAUUAUCCACUUCAUUUACUAAACUAAUGUUUUUUUCAUGUCAGUUCACUUAGUCUGACUUGUGCUAGGUUUACAUACAAUAUGACAGUGAGAGAAGGGUCCAUAUUGUUUUAUGCUUAGAUUUAAUUUUAUUGUUAUAAAUUCAUAUUAUUAAAAGUUUUGCCAAUAAUUUUAGGGCUGAUAAUUCAGUAAUAAUGUUGAUACUCACCUAUGCAAAACAGAAUGUACAAUCUUAGUGCCAGAGAAAUUUAAUACUUACAUCACUUUAUAACAGCUUGUAGGCAAAGGAACCAACUGCUAACUUAUAACUAAUAAAAAUUCUAUUUGUUUUAUUUAAGGGUGAAACAAAAGACCUUAUGUUCCUUCUUACACAUCGCUACAAUGCUAUGAUCUUGGAGUGUCAAGUAGAUGGAGAAAAUAUUGAAAUAAUAACUCGAGCUCAUGGAAACGUUCAGGUGUCUUAUGUGCAAAUGAAAUGUUAACUUGUUUAAAAUCUAAGUCAUGAACCAUUUCUUUUGUUUUUAAUUUUGUUAAAAACUAUUUUUUUCACCUUUUAAAUAAUUUUUUUAGAAUAUUUCUUACUAUUACUAUUUUUAGGAUCGUAUCGGAAGAGUAUCUGAAACUGGAAUUCUGGGUAUUAUUGAUCCAGAAUGCCGUGUCAUUGGAUUGCGACUAUAUGACGGCCUGUUCAAAGUUAUUCCGCUAGAUAAGGAGAACAGAGAACUCAAAGCUUUCAGCAUCAGGUUUGUUGUAGAAUUGAGAUCAAAGUGUGUCUUAGCAAUUUCAUAAGAUUCAAAAUCUGACUCUCCAAGAUAUUGAAUUGAAUCUGUUGGUCUUUUUACAAAUUUCAAGCUAUUAUUCCUCAGGGUUUUGCAAAUAUUUCUCCCAAAUAACAAGUCGGACAAACAUAAUUUGGAAAGAACUGUGCAAAUGAAGCUGUUUUUCUUGUUCAAUGAUAUUCUAUUAUACCAUAAAUAUGCUUUUUAUCAUCGUAUUUCGAUUGCUAGUGUGUAAUGAAAAAUUUAUUCAGAAUGUGGAAUCUAUACACUGCCCACUGAACCCUUUGCAGUCCAAUCUAAAAAUUUUAAAUAUAGCUAAUCAAAGAAGUGAAAGAGCCUCACACCAAUGUGUUUGCUAAAAGAAAAAAUCUUACCCUCAACCCAGAGAAUGAAAACUGCUUCAAUUGAAGUCUCCCUACUUUAUUUUUCAAAAGGUGUUGACUUUGUUUUCAUAAUGUAAUUGUUCUGCAUUUCGGUAAAGUGAAAUAACAUCAUCUCUGUAGUUUUUUGAGGCACAUCAGACACUAUAUUGGCUGUUGUGGUGAAUUCCCAACUGUAAAGGGUUAACCUCAGACUAUUUCUCAGCCAUGACACGACACAUUAAUCUAUCAAUUUAAAUGUGAACUGACAGUAGAAAUUCAAUUUUUUUAUUUUUAGUCAUUUGUUUAGUUUAAAUGGAGUGAGACUGAUGAUUAAUAGUAUUUUAAAACUCAUGCUGUUGAAACUGUUGAUGUUUAUUUAAUGAAAUUGGUAUUUAAAAAAUAUCCAUUCAUUAUUUUUUUACCGAAAAUUUAGAAUGGAGGAACUAACUGUGAUUGACAUGGCAUUUCUUUAUGGCUGCCAAACUCCAACAGUUGCACUUAUACACCAUGUGAGUCAUUGCUGUUAUAAGUAUUUAAAUUAACCGGAGAACUCUAUGCUUAACAGAUCUAUUGAAAUAAUAGACUUCAUAAAUAGAAGCUUUUCUUUAUCUGCCAUUCAUAUUUUUUCUUUAAUCAAAUACAAUGCUCAAAUUCUGUUUUCACCUUUUCAAAAACGUAUUAGAACAUUUAGCCACCUUUAUUUGUUAAUACUUGUUAAAUGUCUAGGAUCAAAGUGGAAGACAUGUCAAGACAUAUGAAAUCUCACUAAGAGAGAAGGACUUCCAGAAAGGACCUUGGAAACAAGACAAUGUUGAGACAAUGGCUUCUAUGCUUAUUCCAAGUAAGUUUACAAAUUGAGGGCCAGAACAUUUGUAUUCUUAUAUUUUAAACAAUGCAAGUUUAAAUAUUUUAUAAAGUGGGCUUUAUAACUCUUUCCCUAUUGAGGUUUUCUCUGGUUUAGGUCCAUGACACCAAUAGUCCCAAGAGUAAUUUGUUGUUUUUCAUAUAAAAUAAGAAAUGAAGGGAGGCUCAACGUAACACAUAAAUUAUAUAUAAUUAACAAAUAGUUCGAGAUCACGAAAAGAAAGAUGUUUCCUGCUAUAAUACUAGUUUAUUUUAUGCAUCGAAUUCAUUAUCACUCAUCAACUGAAUAACUCAUAAUUUUUUUCCGUAGAAAGUAGAAAAUUAUUUUACCUGACAAUUCUUAUUAAAAUAUUAAUAGUCCUCCAAGAAAACAAAAUAAAGAAAUAAUAUUGCUCAGCUUGGUCUUUUGCACUCUGUCAAUACUAUUCAGUUUCCUACGCUGAUAAAAUAAUCUGUAAGUGAAGGAAUACCGGUAUUGAAAUAUUUUUCUUGGCCUUAAAUAUAUUUUAAAAUUUAAUUGCUUUAAAUAUUUUCAGAAUCUGGAAAUUUAUUUCAUUAUAGCGUCAGAAUAUUUAUUGUAAGCUAAAAUAAUUUAAUUUGCUUGUAAAAUAAAUAUUCAGGUCUUGUCUUGCUUUUCUGUCAGGAUUUUAAAAAUAAGAUUUUUUUUAGUUCCAGCUCCUUUUGGUGGGACAGUUAUCAUUGGACAAGAGUCCAUCACCUACCACAAUGGUGAUCAUUACAUUGCCAUAGCUCCAGCACAAAUUAAGGUAAGUACUUGGGCCACCUAACACAAUGGUGAUGAUUACAUUGCCAUAGCUCCAGCACAAAUUAAGGUUAAUUACUGACGUUGGCUUUUUACUUAUCAAAUAUGAUGAUAUGAAGUAAUAUUAAAACUUUUACAAGUGCUAAUUGAAAUCAAAAUAAUUAUUAAUCUUUCAACGGGGGGGGUGGGGGGGGGGGUUGUGUUUGUCCCCAGCAGAGUGUAAAAAUUGGGGUUAUUAGCCAAAGUCAGAUCUUCUUUUCUUCUAUAUUUUGGGGACCCACUAUCAAUAUAUUGAUCAUUCUGAUGCCUAUGAAUGAUGUUAGAUUUAAAAAUCAGUUAUCUAUGCGAACAUUCUUUAAGCCUUACAAUUUAAAUUACAACUCUUGGAAUAAAAUCUAGAAAUAAUUUAAAAAGUUGAAAUUUAAUUUUUUUUGCCUGCUUAACUUUACCUAAGUUUUCAUUUAAUUUUACAGUUAAGUCCCAUUAACUGCUUUGGCAAAGUGGACGCAAAUGGAUCGAGAUAUUUGCUGGGCAACUUGGCUGGAGAUCUCUUCAUGUUAAUUCUGGAAAAGGAGGAAAAGAUGGAUGGAACAGUUGUUGUCAAAGACUUGAAAGUAGAAACCCUGGGAGUGGUAAGGACUUCCAAUCACAUUGCAGUCAUAAGAUAAGAUAAUAGAUUUUUAUUGAUCCAAAGAAAUGGAAAUUUGUUGGUUUUAUUCAUUCAACGUACAUAUUUUUUUCAGUCCUGAAAAUGCUUGUUUGAGUUUUCCGUUGUUCCUUAAAAUUAUUCUGUAGCAAGACAUUCGGUGUGUAAUUGUGCUGUAAGAAUAACUGUUGAAUCCUUGAGUGAGAAGAGAGUCUAGGAAAUUUGUUUGAACUGAGUUCUCGUUUUUCCUCUCUAAGAUCAGGGGCACCACUUUUGUCUAUUGCCGAUUUGUCUUUGAAUGGUUGUUUUGAUCUUGCCAUUUGUUUACAAGAUGGCAAUUUUUUCCAAUAUGGUGGAUAUUGAUUUGUCUUGGUGUACAGCAAAGAUGUCCAAAAAAUCCAGAUGUAACUGCUGUUCCUCGCGAUAAAAAAACUCAAGAUUAUCAGUCAAAGCAGAUAAAACACAAUUAACCCACGAACUGUGGCAUGCAUCAUUCUGUAGUGUGGAGCUUUUCAGAGCGUUUAGAGUGCCAUUGGAAAUUGCAUUAAAUGACAUAGAAAUAUUAAUACAAGACCCCUAUAAUAUAUAUUUUUAGAAAGGUAAACGGAUGGGGAUAAAGUUGACCAUAUUGCCCUCCCCUUAAAAAAAAUUUUGCUCAGUGUCCUUGACCUUGGAGUUCUCAAGGAAAAAAAAAUCGACAAAAUGUCUUGCUCAUAAUAUCAUUAAUUUUUAUAGAUACACUUAAAACACAAAUCUAAAUGUUGUAGCCAAUUCAUUUAUCUUUAAGAAAAUGUAUGGUUUGCUAAGGUUUUGAUUAUAAUUAAACGUCUGAAAGCAAUUUUAGUAAUUUUAGGUCAUUUAUAUAAGAAACUGGGACCACUACUAAAACCAAGUACAAAAUAAGAAAUCUCAGGCAAAAUAGUUAUUAUUGACUACUAAGCAUUUAAAAAGGAACUGUGGAACUGAUUUGGGUUGUUUAACUAUAAAAUUUAUUAGUUUUGAACUAUAAUCUGUAGCUUCUGUGACUAAAAUUCAGUUAGUCCUUGUCCAACCUCCUGGGCCUGGCUCGAAGUCUAACAGUAGCCUCAGUAGGCCUACUUCAGUAUCACUAAGACUAGUAUAAAAUUCUAGAGAAGAAUAAUCUCAACUGAUGGGGAAUGUUAAAAUCAUCAUCUGUAUCACUUAAAACCUCUCCUAAAAAGCUUUCAAACAUAUUUCUAUUAGUUCUUGCACUGAAGGCCCAGCCAUGGCUUCAACCAUUUUAGCUUUAAAAAAAAACAGCAAUAUAAAACUCCGAUUAAAACUUAUUUAUUUUCAAGUUAUCACGAAACAGCUUGAACCGGAAGAUGAUUUAAUUAUUAAUAAAAGGACAUGGCUAUAAUUCCGGUUAAAUAUUGGAUUGGAAGUUGCUAUCGGACCGUGUCUUUUAUCUGCCGAUUUUUUCGGCCGACCACAGUUCGUGGUUAACACUCCUUGAUUCCAAAGAAAACUUUGUAAAAACCUCCAAACUAGAAAUCAAGUCGCCUGCAGAGCGGUGCCCCAGACAAAGGGUAUCUCCAAAGUUUUUUUACUGUGCUCUGUUUCUUGUUGUAUUUUCAUUGGCUGAAGAAGGCUCUAAGCCGAAAAAUCUAUUUCUUGUUGUCCUUUUGAUUCAAGCUUCAAAAUACCUUGUUCUACUUGUUUAUCUAAUAUUGAGUUUAGAGUAAUAAUUUAUUUAAAGUCAUUAGAUAUAAUUGUGAAAUAAUUCAGUAUUGUCUCUAUGCAAUACUAUUUUUUUUUUUUUUUAAAUUUUUGCAGACAACAAUACCAGAAAUUAUCUUGUAUCUGGACAAUGGAGUUGUGUUUUUAGGCUCACAUUUAGGUGACUCUCAGCUGGUCAAGGUAAGCACACUUUUAGGUGACUCCCAGCUGGUCAAAGUACAUGCGCACAUUAUUUGUCAUUUUACAGUUACCGGUUAUAAAUUAAUUUUUUUCCUGCAUCUGAUUUCACCUGCACCUUUCUGUGUGUUUAUGCCUCAAUCAAUGAGAUGUGAUGUGAUAUUGCAGUACAUUAGUUUCCUUCAGGUUUUGGGUGUUGAUUUUUAAAAAAAUAUAAAUUUACCUCUUAAAAAUGUAACAUUAGAGGAUUGAGUGACAUCAGUUAAUGAGUCAAAUGAACUGAAAAUUGUCUUUGAUAUGAUAAUUUAUAUUGGCCAGGAACAUUUAAGAAUGUACAUUUAUCUUUUAGCUGAACUCAAAACGUGAUGCCAAUGGCUCAUAUGUUCAAGUUAUGGAAACUUUUGUUAACCUUGGCCCCAUUGUUGACAUGGUUGUGGUGGAUUUGGAAAGACAAGGUCAAGGACAGGUAAGCAAUUUGACUCUUAAAAUUUGUAAAAUUAUUUUUUAUUGAUUUUGGAUACUUUUGAGAACAGUUAAUGAGCACCAUUGUGCUGUGUCAAAAUCCCUAAUAAGUGAAAUCUUUUAAAGGCAGUGAAUAAUAGUUUAAAGGUAACUUAAAAACCACUGUUUUUGUUUAUACCGGUAGUGAUUCUUAAAUAGACAUAUACCAUAAUAUUAUUUCAGAUUUAAAAACUCACAUUAUAGCAUGAGCUGGCAGUAUGAGAAUAUUUUUUUAAAACAGUUAUUAAUUUAAAAGUGCAGCUAAUCUCAUUGAAAUUAAAAGGUAAAAUAUAUUCUUUGCCCAUUUCAUUAAUAUGAUAGUAACUGUGCAGUUUGACCAACAUGACUGACAUAAUGUGUUUUGUUUGGAUCCUGACACACAGUUAGUGACAUGCUCUGGGGCUUUUAAAGAAGGAUCUCUGCGAAUUAUCAGGAAUGGGAUUGGUAUUAAUGAGCACGCCAGCAUUGACCUGCCAGGGAUCAAAGGUUAGUGGCUUGGCCUGAGGGAUCAAAGGUUAGUGGCAUGGCCUUAGUUUCAUACACCAUGUAAUCCUGCUGUAAUGCACAGGGAAUAUCUUGGUUCAGAGAAGCAAUUGUAACAACCAUUAAGUCAUGCCUUGAAUUCAUAUGAGAGUUGGGUUGAAUCUCCGCCCUUGUUGUAACAAAUUUACAGGAUUUUUCCUGAUGAAAGCACAUGAGACAUGAUAAGACAUAAGUGCUUCAAAACAUGUCUCUACUUGAAAAAUGUCUCAAUCAUUGAAUGCAGAUUACAUAUUUUUUUAUUCAGGUAUCUGGCCUUUAUGUGUCAACUCUGACAAGUUUGACAACAUGAUGGUUAUGUCUUUUGUUGGUCAGUCAAGGUCAGUAUCAGUAUAUGUGCGUUGAUAUUUAUGGGGCUUUCCAUUUAAUAUUUAAAUUAAACUUGUGGGCUAUUAUUUUUUAUCAAAUGUAUUUCUCUAAUAACUUCAUUGUUCAUGAGUUUGUCUGACCCUGUCCAUCAACCAGAACACUCUUUCAUAUCUACUGGUUUAGAUAUUGCUUGUGUAGUUAGAAUAAAAACAAAACCCCAUAUGUUUUAACAAUCUAGUUAAUAAUGUUCUGUUUUUUCUAAAGGGUGCUUCAGUUGUCUGGUGAGGAAGUCGAGGAGACAGAGCUCCCGGGUUUUGAUGGGGAUAAUCAGACUUUUGUCUGCAACAAUGUCUGCUUCAAUCAAAUUGUACAGGUAAUUGCAGUGAAUCUUACAUCAGUCAAAAUGUCUGCUCUGCUCACAAUCAGCCAUUGUUUUGUAUUUUUGUCAUAUGGAAGUCUCUUUCAAUGCAGUUAUUAAUGGAAUCAAGCCCAUCAAUAAAAUACUUUCUGAUGUGUCUCAGUUGAAAACCAUUUAAUUACCAUGAUAAAAUUGAACCCUAAUGUAAAACUCAUGCGGCUCAGAUUUCUGAAGUCAGCGUUCUUGUUGACAGUCUCUCUAUGGAUUGUUUUCAGAUCACACAGGCCUCCAUGCGGCUGAUCACCUGUAAACCCGGAGGUCUGGCCGAGGAAUGGGUUCACCCAGACGGCAAGAAGAUCAGUUUGGCAUGCUGCAACCACACACAAGUUGUCAUAGCCGCUGGAAGUCAGCUUUUCUACUUUGAAAUUGAGCAAGGGAAAUUUGCUCUCAAGGGGUGUGUUGUUGUUUUAUCAAUGUCAUUCAAGAACCGUAUUUUAAUUUUGUUUUUAUAAAUGGAAUGGAGGACUCGACCAACUUUUUUUUUUUUUUUUUUACUUCAAAAUUUUUAAUUGAAAUAAAUUCUGCAAAGAGUGUAAUGAAUACNUGUUUUUUUUUAUUUUUGUGUAAGUGUGGGGUGGGGGGUGGGGGUGUUGUUAUAAAUAACACAGUGUGCAUUUCAUAGUCAAAAUAAAAUAUUCAAAAGAUUUCUUUAAGACUGUAUUCAUCAAAUUUUCCCUAAGAGUUCAAGGGUUAACAGGUCUAAGAGAAAGAGACCAAGAGUUUGACAAUUUAAAGGCUUUUAGUUAAACUUGGAAUGGCCAUUGAUUGUGUUUGUUGAUUCCUUUCAAACCUCGUAGUUAGCCAACUGAGUGUGGUGGAUGGGCUCCAAUUUCAGCAUAUCCUAGUAACAAUAGGAUUUUUGUCUUUACAGAACUCAACACAAGAAACAAUAAAACAAUUUAAACCUGAAUUUUUUUCAAGCUGCUUUACUCUAAAAGUAUGUGACUUUUAUUUUAAGCCAUUGUCGAGAUAAAUGAUGCUUGCCAUUGUUUCAGCCAAACUACAGUUGAACAUGAGGUGGCCUGCUUGGAUAUCAGUCCUCUGCAGGAUGGCGGCCAGUCAUCAGAUCUCCUGGCUGUCGGAUUGUGGACAGACAUCUCUGCUAGGAUCUUCAGACUUCCCAAUUUUGAAAGUUUACAUGUAGAAAUGCUUGGAGGAGGUAAGAAGGAAUAGACCAAGUAGUAACAAGAUUUCCUAUUGCGGUCUUAAGCUGUCUGUAACAUUGGACUCAAGUUAUUUCACAUGGCUUAUAGAUUUACUCAUAAAAAGUAGCAUUCUUCUUUGUUAACUCAUUGCCAUCAAGGAACCUACAUCCCACACAAUUUUACAUCCAACAAAGAUGUCAAAAUAUUGCAGGUAAUGAGUUGGUUUAAGGUAAAAAUAUUGUCUUAACAUAAACAGACACAGACUUGAUGUGAUAUCAGCUGAAGGUGAUCUUAACCCGUUUCUUGUCUUUCAACAGAGAUAAUCCCCAGGUCUAUUCUACUGACAACAUUUGAAGGCAUCCACUACUUGCUGUGUGCUCUUGGUGAUGGAUCUCUGUUCUACUUCCUCUUGGAUCAAGCCACAGGUGAAACUACUUGCUCUACUUUCAUUUUCACAAAUCCUGGAUGUACAUGUUCCAGUUUAUAAUCUGUCUCCCUGAUGAAACAUUCUAUAGUAAUAAGUAAAUAAAUAUAUAUAUGUAUUUAUAUAAUACCGGUACGGUAUUUAUAUUUUUUAUAUUAUUAUUUUUAAAUUUUGUUUCAAAUUUUCUGUUUUCAAAUUCUUCACACUUAUUUAUAGCAGCCCUUUCACUAUCACAAUUAAGUGAGAGAGUGAUUACUUGAUUCACAUUUGAUGUUUCUGUCAUUUGAUGUGUACCGCGGCUAACAUCUCAGUCUUUUGUUGCAGGCUACUUGUCCGAAAAGAAGAAGGUGACCUUGGGCACCCAGCCGACCAUGUUGAAGACAUUCAAGUCAUUGUCCACCACCAACGUGUUUGCCUGCUCCGACAGACCCACGGUUAUUUACAGCAGCAAUCACAAACUCGUCUUCUCUAAUGUUAACUUGAAGGAGGUCAAUCACAUGUGUCCUCUCAACUCUGAUGGCUAUCCAGACAGGUGACCACUGAUGUUAAUAUGGAAAGUUAGAGAAGCACACGCUUAAUCUUUUGUAACCUUCAGAUGAAAUAAAGCAGUGGCUCGCAAAAUUUUUCUGACCGCGGCCCCCUUGGUGGGGUAAAGUCUAGAAGAUCAGCUACUUAUGUCUAUCCACAACUUGCAUGCAACACAAUCAAAAAUAGUUAACUUUAUAUAUGAUUUUCAUUGGAAAAAUUUUAUCAUCUGUUAAAUUACUUCACCCAACGAAAUAUAGCAUUAUAUAACAUCAACUUAGCCGGUUGUUAGUUUCUUCUUAUUUUAUACCAUUUUGAUACUUUGUCUAGUCUUGCGCUGGCUAAUGACACAACCCUGAUGAUUGGAACUAUUGAUGAAAUACAGAAACUCCACAUUCGUACCAUACCCCUCAGAGAAACACCCAGGUUUGUUAACAUUAUUGAAAGCCAUUGAAAACAGGGACCCACAUCCAACAUUAGUCAAAGUGACAAGUCGUUAUUUUUUACAUAAUGCUGAAAAGUUUCAUGUUUUCUUAAAAUAAAAAAUGAAUGAAAAUAGUGUUUAGACACAUGUUGAGGUUGAAUCCAUUGCUCAAUGUGGUUCACGGGAACAUCAUAAAACUUGCUUGUGUUGACAUUCAACCUUAUAUGUGUACGAGUUUGUUUCAGUAGAAAAAUUACAUUGCUUAGCUUUAGCAGUUCUCUGGGACUGGAAAAAUUAUCAUUUAUCAAACUUCAAAAUUCUUAGUUUUACUCAAACAAAGCCAUUUGUAUACUACUAUGCAUAUAUCUUCUUUUUACCGUGUUCUUCUACCAACAGACGUAUAGCAUACCAAGAAGCAACACAGACUUUUGGGGUAAUCACAUACAGAUUUGAUAGCGGAGAGCGUAACCUGCCAGGGUUUGAACCACUACCCCCGCCAGCCAGCCUUACUGCUCUAACUUCCACCGCCACAUCCAAGCUGUUGACAGGGGGUGGCGCCGCCAGCAGUGCUGGGGACGCCACAAGCGAUGAACAAGAAGUAUAUUCAUUUCUCAUCCUGAGGCAGAGCACUUUUGAAGGUAGCUGUCUUGUAAUAAUGGGUAAAUUGGUAUUUGAUGACCACGAGUGCCAUAGGUAUUUGAUGACCACGAGUGCCAUGGGUAUUUGAUGACCACGAGUGCCAUGGGGAUUUGAUGACCACGAGUGCCAUGGGUAUUUGAUGACCACGAGUGCCAUGGGUAUUUGAUGACCACGAGUGCCAUGGGUAUUUGAUGACCACGAGUGCCAUGGGUAUUUGAUGACCACGAGUGCCAUGGGGAUUUGAUGACCACGAGUGCCAUUGGGAUUUGAUGACCACGAGUGCCAUGGGGAUUUGAUGACCAUAACUGUUGCCAUUUUCAUGGUGCAUUUUAAAACUUUUUAAUAUUUGUUUUUAUAUCCAAGGACAGCCCACAAUUUUUAUAAAAAAAUAAAGGAAAUAAGAAUUUACUGAACAUUAUAUGGCAUAGAUGUAAAUGAUCAGAAUCAGCUCAGUAAAAUUUAACAGAAUUUCUAGAAAAAUCUGAUUUGGUUUUUUUAACACUUGGAAAAACAAAUUCUUGCAAUUUGCUUUUUUGUGGUAAGGGUCUUCAGAACUAUCUCUGAUAUUUAUAUAUAAUUAUAUAUUUAUAAAUUUAUAUUUGUAUAUAAAAAUAUAUAUAUAUCACAGAUGUUAUCUGAAUCCGCCCCUAGUAUAUAUAUAUAUAUAUAUAUGUGUGUAUUUAUGUGUGUAUGUUUUCUGAAGUUAUUUAAUAACAUUAAGCAAUUGAAUUUAAAGUAAGAAGAGAAAAAAUUGUUGAGGUAACCUUAAAUGUUUCCCUUGCACAUUCCAGUUCUCCAUGCUCACACACUUUUGCCCAACGAAUGUGCCACAAGUCUUUUAUCCACAACCCUGGGAGAAGACCCCACGCCAUACUACAUUGUUGGAACAGCUUUGAUCAGUCCAGACGAAGCGGAGCCAAAGCUCGGAAGGAUCAUCGUCUUUCACUAUAAUGAAGGUCAUUGAAAACUCUGCCGCUCUAAAAGCGUGACUUUAUAUGACAUCAAACAAAUAAAUGAUUUAAGCUCAUCUGUGAUGUACCGGUAUAUUAUAUGGAGAAUUGUUGAGAAAAUUGCAUUAUUACACCCAGAAGUUUGCCAACUAUUGUGGAAGCAAAAUCUUUUGACUUGCUAUGAAAUAAUUAUUUUUUUUGUUUUGAACAGGCAAGUUGACGAUGGUGGCAGAGAAAGAAAUAAAAGGGGCUGCAUACAGUAUGGUAUCAUUCAACAGUAAGCUACUUGCCAGUGUCAACAGUACAGUAAGUUGUACUUUCAUGUCAUCUCACCAUGUGCAUAAACCAGUCACAUAAGCAUUGUGUAUACACCCCCAUGGCAUAGACAUAAUAUAUACGCAUAGCAUAGACCAUAUAUAUACACAUCCAUAGCAUAAGUAUUUUUUAUUGAAAGAUGAAUUUUAAUUAAUAUUUUUAACAUAUUUAUGUGGAUGUUAUGCCAUGUGGAUGCAGCCGUUGCAACACUUACCCUUUUUUGUCAACACAUUCACUUCCCUAAGGGCAACUUUAAGAUAAGGGAGGGUUUCCUUUGUACUAACCGCAAUGUUGUCUACACUAUUGUUUGCACCCACUGUCAGAUGGCAUAUCUAGGUGAGACUGGACGCCGCCUCUCUGAAAGAUGUACUAAUCACCUGUGUAAUAUUGCAUAAGAUAAGCAGUGUCCCAUCAUCUCAAAACACUUCAACAGAAACGACCACAAGGGCUCAUAGGAUUUUUCCAUCACCGCUAUUGUGUAUCACCUCUAUUAGAAAGACUCCAAACCGGGUGAAUCUGGAAAAAAUAAAACUGAUUCAGAUUUAUGGAACCUUGACUCCAUGUGGCGUGAAUGUCAUGUUCUCAUUCACAGGUUAAACUUUUUCUACGCCACCUCCUCGUUACGACCAAUCACUACAGUGGACUUUCUUUUCCUCUCUUUUCACGUUUUUCCUUUAUUUAAUCUCUCACCUACUUAUGUUCUGUCUUAUUCCUCUUGUUAUCCUCUCGGAUACUACAUUGCAGCGAAGUGAUUAUUUUAAAUAUAUUAUUUUUACUGUUGUUCGCUGAAGAAGGCUUCUUGUUGACACAAUCGUUGUUUUGUCACGUCCUUUUUUUUUUCCUUGUAUCCCAUACUUUUUUUUGCUUAUUUCCUUUUACGGGACCUGAUUGCAGUCUCUCCCCCUGAUCACCAUUAAUUGUUCAGUUUAUUUGUUGUUUAUUCCCAUUGGGUAUGUAUUAUUUUACAAAUGAAUCACAUCAAUUGUUAAUGUUAUCACUUAGGUGCGUCUCUUUGAAUGGACAGCUGAAAAGGAACUGAGGCUUGAAUGCAGCCAUUUCAACAACAUCCUGGCAUUGUUCCUCAAGUCUAAAGGUGACUUUGUGCUGGUGGCUGACUUGAUGAAAUCAAUCGCAUUGCUGGGCUAUAAGCCUUUACAGGAUGCCUUUGAGGAGAUUGCCAGAGACUGCAAUGUCAAAUGGAUGACGGCCAUUGAAAUUUUAGAUGACGACAAUUUUCUGGGAGCUGAUAACUUUCACAAUUUGUUUGUUUGCCAAAAAGACAGGUUAGUCUUUGUACAAAGUAAAUUUCCAUCCUACUAAGAACUGCAGCAUAGUGAAGCCACAAUCCCCUGUACUCUCGAGGUUGAUGAUCUUUCAAGAAUAUAAUAGUUCACAAAUAGUGAUUGUCUCAAAUGUCAAGAAAUACUGUCUUAGUUGAAAAUAAUUAUUCACUUUCAUACCUUCAUUUCAACAAUAGAAUGCAUAUUCUGGGUGUACAUAAUUUGAUCUGAUAAUUUAUUAUUGGUUAUUCCCAAAGAUGUGAUCAUAGUACACAAGACUUUUACAUUACGUGAAGAGCAUCACAUUAAACCAUCAUGACUUCAAAAUUAAGAUUAUUGGAUAAUGGCCAACAAGAAUCUAUCACCAUGGCAAGGCUCCAUGUAUAUUUUAAUGUCUAUACAAAAUGUUUUGAGCAUAACUUCAUAUAAAACAGAAGUAAAACAUUUCAACAAUAUCAUCAUUUCAUUUCUUGAGUCACUGCUGCAGUGGUCAAACUUAAGUGUGUCCAAUGACAGGAGCUAAGGAGACCAAUUCUCUAAGUAAACUCUCAUUGAAACUUGAUCUAUGUGGAAGAUGUGAAUCAAAACAAACCUCUUGUGCUGCACACUCCAAAUCUUUAUUUAACACAUGUAAGAAGGCUUAACCUGUCCAGGGUCUUUUCAUUGCCCACUGAUCACAAAAGGUAGAAAUGUUACAUUUUGUUCUUGUUUGUGUAGUGAAAUUCUUACUUAAAAUGUCUUGGAUAUAAUUCCUACCCUUUAAUUUAAUCCACGCUUGUUUUUUUCUUUGUCAUCAAUGUUCUCUUUCUUAUCAACAGUGCUGCCACCACAGACGAGGAAAGAUCCCAGAUGCAGGAAGUUGGCCUUUACCACCUGGGAGAAAUGGUCAAUGUUUUCAGACAUGGUAUUGUUACAUUAAAUCUAUGUAUAUCUCUCUGUUGCUGUCUGCUCUAUGGGUAGAAUGCAGUAUUAUGUUUAGAAAAUGUUGAUCAAAGAAGACUGUAUUGUUUUACAGCAGCGUUUGUGAGAGACCUUUUGUCUGCCUGUAUAAAAUUAUGUGUGAAAAUAAUGUUCUCUGAAGAUGUGUAUGGUGCCUUUCAACGUAACAUUUUAGCUAUUAGGUUCAUUAGGCUUGGCCCAUGCUACACUAUAAUUAUUUUUAUGGAUGAUUUUUAAUGAAACAAAAUAUUGUUUCCAGGCUCACUAGUGAUGCAUCAUGCAGGAGAAAAUACAACGCCAGUGUUGGGUUCUGUCCUCUUUGGUACAGUCAAUGGAUCUAUUGGUAUUUUAAUUAUUUUUUUUAACAAAAUUUUUCUGAAUGGAUCCAAAUAAAAUUUUGAAAUACUCCAAAAUGUCAUAAAUACUCAAAAUGAUUUUUAAGAGAAGUGUUCCUUAUUGAAAGAGGAAAAAUAAGUAAUAUGUAUAUAUAGAACACAUAUUUAUUGCAUAUGUAAUAAUUUUAAAGAUUAUUUAUUUAUAAGCCUUUUAAAAUUUAGAAUAUUUAGAUUUAUUAUUAUUAAAGUUUAUUUUUAUAAAACCUUAAAAAUAGGAGGAGAAAAACAACAACACUUACUCUAUGUAAAGAUGCAAUCUGAUUAUUAUGAUGAAGAUUUGGACCUAAUACAAGAUUACUCUAUAAUAAUAUUCUGUUGAUUUGCAUUUCAGUCCACCUCAAACAUGAUUUUAAGAUUGUUAAUUCCUUUGUUAGGUAUGGUAGCCCAACUCCCCCAAGAUUUCUUCAACUUCUUACUGGAGGUGCAGAACAGACUGAGCAAAGUCAUUAAAAGUGUGGGCAAAAUUGAGCACAGCUUGUAUCCUUUUUAUCAGAUAUCUAAAACAGAUAUCUGCUCUUAGAUGCUUGGUUCAUAUUAAAUGACACAUUUAUAUAUGUACUAAUACCAAUAAAGUGGAUAUGGCUAUGGUAACAUUUAUAUCUUAUGAGUCUAACAUGUCAAUACUUUCCUAAGCACUUGCCCAGCUGGAGGUCCUUCUUCACAGAACAAAAACGAGACACAUCCCUUGGUUUUAUUGAUGGCGACUUGCUUGAAAGCUUUCUUGACUUGACACGAGACAAAAUGCAGGAAGUUGUACUGGGUCUUCAGGUGUGUAUUAAUAUUUAAAGAUUUUAUAGUUAAAACUAUUUGUAAUGCUUACAACACAUUAGUUUAUGUGCUACCUUACAUAAUGGAUGUUUAAUAUAACUGAUGUGAACAUUUUUCAAAUACUUAUCCAAAAUCUACAAAUGUUUUAAAUUUUAACGCCGGUAACUCAGUCAGUGUAUCUUCAUAAGAUAUUCCACAAUGAAUCCAGUUUCCAAUUUUUUACCUACAGAUUGAUGAUGGGGACAUGAAGAGGGAUGCCACAGUUGAAGAUCUGGUGAAAACCAUAGAAGAGCUUACCAGAAUACACUAAAACUAAAAUACUUUUGUUUUUUUUCUCAUUUAUAUUGUAUUUUACGUGAGAUUGUUCGAAUUAGUUUUUUUUUUUAAUAUCUCAUGUUUUUUUUUUAAUUAGAUUUUUUAGCGAUGAAAUUGAGAGAUCUCUUAACUUCAGCUGACUGGUAAUAGUAAGAAUAGAAUGUGGAAGGAACUUUUUUUAAAAUAAUUUAUAACCAAAUAAUCUUUACUCAACUUCAUCAAAUUUUCCUGUGACUUAAAUGUUCAAACUUUAGCUUAUUGACUUAUUGAUUGAGAACUCCUUGAUUUGUUAUGAUUUCUCAAAACAAUUAAUAGACUAGAGACGGGCAUGACUGAAUAAUGAGAGUCAUUAGGUUGGCAGUGUCAAGUUUUUUAAUGUUUUUAUUUUGACUAAUUUUUUUUGUCAGAGGUUUGUUCCUGUAAAUAAAGAUGUUACAUCGUGGCCUUUC